UCCAUCUGAAUCUGAUAAAAAGAAAGACAAACAUCCAUCUGAAUCUGAUAAAAAGAAAGACAAACAUCCAUCUGAAUCUGAUAAAAAGAAAGAAAGGAAUCCAUCUGAAUCGGAUAAAGAUGCAGAAAGCUUCUACCUGCUGGCUGUGACCUCACAGACUGUAGGGGGCACCACUGAGACGUUAUGCAUCACAGUAAACCACCAUGAACCUGUUUCCAUGGAAGUGAAUCUGGAGUAUAACCAAAACAGCGUCACUCUUCUGACUGAAACGUACAUAAAUGAAGAGUACUACCGUUGUGUCCCAUUCCAGGUUCCUGUCGUGAUAUUGGAAUUAGUGGCAUCUAUUAAUAUUCAGAUUAAAGGGUCAGAAACCUUCCUGAACAAAACAACACAGAUCCUCAUCACACCUUCAACACAAGUGACGCUCGUUCAGACGGACAAACCCAUCUAUAAACCAGGACAAACAGUGAAGUUCCGCAUCGUCUCCCUGGAUACCGAUUUCCUCACCUACGAACAGACGUUUCCAACAAUAGAAGUGAAGGAUCCGAACUCAAACCGUAUCGGUCAGUGGCUGAACGUCGCCACCUCCAGCGGUCUGGUGGAUCUGUCGUAUCCCUUAAACUGUGAGGCCACAAAAGGAGUUUAUAUCAUCACCGUCUGGGAUGAGAAGAACAAAGAGCUCCAGCAAAACUUCGAAGUCAAGGACUACGUUCUGCCGACAUUUGAAGUUACGGUAGAGCUUCCUCCAGUCAUUACCAUCCUGGACACCAACGCCACACUUAAAGUUUGUGCAAAAUAUACGUACGGCAAGCCGGUGAGUGGGAUGGUAAAGGCCACAGUCUGCCAUAACAGUUACAGAUAUGUUUGGCUCCCACAAGCAGGAACACCACCAGACAUCUGCAGGAACUAUACAAUGUUGACCGACAAGACCGGCUGUGGAACAGAAAUCAUAGAUCUGACAGAAUAUGCAUUAAGUGAUACACGCUAUAAACCAUCAAUCAUAGUUCAGAGUGAAGUGGAAGAAGACGGCACUGGUGUGAUUUUGACUGGUUCAGGCAGUUCUCCUAUAACAACUAAUAUGGUCACAAUCUCAUUUGAGGAUUCAUCAUCAACAUUUAAGCCUGGAAUGGCAUAUACAGGACAGAUUAAAGUAAUCUGCCCAAAAUCCACACCUAUGAAAAGAAAAGUAGUUUAUCUGACCGUAAAUGCUGGUAAUAAAAUUUCAGUAAGGAAGCUGCUUACGAAUUACAAAGGCAUUGUAAACUUUUCCUUCAACACUGAACAGUGGGGUCUGGAGCAAGUCUCUCUUCAAGCAGAGUAUGAAAUGACUAACAGACCAGUUGUGUAUACUGAAAAUCAGCUCACACCAAAGUACCCCGCUGCCUACCUUUGGCUUCAGCCUUUCUACUCUAAGAGUCGGAGUUUUAUUCAAUUAGUGAGCUGCUUGACACCUUUAAGCUGUGAUAGAAAAGCUGUCAUCAAAGCUCAGUACAUGAUACACCACAGCACGCCCUUACCACGACAGAAGACCAUAUCCUUCUUCUACAUGGUGAUGAAUAAAGGGCAUUUGGUUCAGAAAGGACGUAUCAGAGAAGCCAUCAGACCUGGAACAGAGCACAGGGGCACCCUGGUGUUGUCUCUGCAGAACACGAUAAAGCUGUCCCCCGUUGCUCAGGUGGUCCUGUACACGGUCCUUCCCAGUGGCGAGUCCGUGGCAGACAGCCUGAACUACCAAAUUCAGUUGUGUUUGGCUAACAAGGUGUCUCUAAAGUUUUCACCUUCUACGGAGCUUCCUGGUGACCAGGCAUCACUGUUGCUGAAAGCUGCUCCAGGUUCCUUGUGUUCAGUAAAGGCGAUAGAUAAGAGUCUUCUGCUGCUGCAACCAGAGAAGGAGCUCAGCAUCCAAUCUGUGUUCAACAUGCUUCCUGUACAAACGUUAUCAGGAUAUCCGUACAACGUGUAUGACGAGGAUUCGAGCCCCUGCUGGAGGAACCCACCCAUUGAGAUUAUCCCAUUUGUGGCACGAGACCGAAAGAUUGGUUAUAUUCCAAACUCUGGGAAGGUGGAUGUGUACAACACCUUUAAAGAUAUUGGAGUUAAAAUCCUCACCAACACAGACGUAAAGAAACCCUCCGACUGUUUGCUGUAUAUGAGUGCUGCAGCCAAUGAUGCAGCACCAGACAUCCUCGCCAAAGAAUCCACUCCAGGUGACUCAAGUUCAGACCAACCUGUCGUUACGAUCCGCAAAUAUUUCCCAGAGACGUGGAUUUGGGAUCUCGUUCCAGUCAGUCAGUCUGGAGCGAUGACUGUUAGUAAAACAGUCCCAGACUCCAUCACUACAUGGCAGGCUGAUGCAUUUUGUACAUCACCUGUGGGGUUUGGAGUCGCCCAGAAAACUGAGCUUAUUGCCUUCCAGCCUUUCUUUGUGAGCCUCACCAUGCCCAGCUCUGUCAUCCGAGGAGAAGUGUUCAAACUCAAAGCCACCGUCUUCAACUACCUCAAAAGCUGUAUGAUGGUGGAGGUGACUUUGGGAGACUCAGAACAAUUCUCAGCACAAGUGUGUGACGAGUGCAAAUAUACACAAUGUCUGUGCGCUGACCAGAGCUGGACGUUCUCCUGGACCAUCACACCCCUGGUACUGGGGGAGGUGAGCAUCAACGUGACCGCGGAAGCCAUACAGUCAUCAGAUCUGUGUGGAGACAGAGCAGUUACGGUACCACAGAAAGGACACACUGACUCGGUCAUUAAAACACUGCAAGUGCAGCCUGAAGGAACCAAACAGUAUAAAAGCUACAACGAGCUUCUCUGUCCAUCAGAAGAAGUAGUUGAGAAAACCGUCUCACUAACCCUGCCUGAAGCCUUUGUGGAAGGUUCUGCCAUGGCCUCAGUCUCUGUGCUCGGUGAUCUGAUGGGUCGAGCUCUACAGAACCUGGCGAGUCUCCUGGCGAUGCCGUACGGCUGUGGAGAGCAGAACAUGCUGCGCUUCGCUCCCAACAUCUUCAUCCUGCAGUACCUGGAGAGCACCGACCAACUCACAGCCGUGAUCAGGAGCACAGCUGAGACCUACCUCGUGAGCGGAUACCAGAGAGAGCUGACCUACAAACACACAGACGGAUCUUAUAGUGCGUUUGGGAUGAGCGACGCAUCAGGAAACACAUGGCUGACGGCGUUCGUGAUGAAGUCUUUCGGAAAUGCGAAGAGGUACAUCUUCAUAGAUCAGGUGUUUGUGGACCAGGCGAAGUCCUGGCUCGGUCAACAUCAGCAGGAAAACGGAUGCUUUGCCUCAGUGGGACAACUUAUUCACACCGACAUGGAGGGAGGAGUGAAUGAUGAGGUGACCCUCUCGGCAUACGUCACAGCUGCAAUGCUGGAACUCAAUUACACUGUAACAGAUCCUGUGGUGAAUAACGGUCUUACAUGCCUGAGGAACGCGUUCACUCAGGUGAACUCCACCUACGCCAAGGCUCUCCUCUUCUACACCUUCACCCUGGCUGGAGAUCAGGGGAUGAGGAACACACUCAUCUCAGACCUGGAUGCAGUGGCCAUAGUCUCAGGUGGUGGACGUCACUGGAGCAGAUCGAGCGAUGGAUCAGUGAUGGACUCUUUAGAGGUGGAGAUGACCUCAUAUGUUCUUCUGUCUCUGAUGUCUGGACCUGAGCUGCCCGGGUUUGGUCUGGAUUACAGCAUCAGUAUCGUCCACUGGCUUUCUCAGCAGCAGAACGCUUUCGGAGGCUUCGCGUCUACACAGGACACUGUCGUGGCUCUUCAGGCUCUGACCAAGUACAGCUACGCCACCUACAGUCCAGCAGGAUCUGUAACUGUUACUAUAACAUCACCAUCAGGGCUGAUUAACACGUUCACCAUCAAUCAGAGUAACAGACUGCUGUAUCAGGAGCGUGAGCUGCAGGAGGUUUCUGGUGAUUACGACCUUAAAGCAGAAGGGAAAGGCUGUGUGUACGUGCAGUUCACUUUGAGCUACAACAUCCCUCCUCCACCCGACGACUCGACGUUCACCGUCUUGGCUUCAGCAUCUGGAAACUGCAGGGUCCCAAAUCCGUCUCUAGAAGUGACCGUAACUGUCAUGUAUAACGGUCAGCGUUUGGAGACCAACAUGGUGGUCAUCGAGGUCAAGCCUCUGUCUGGUUUCAGUGUGGACGCGACGUCUGUGCAGCUUGUGAACGGCAAUUCAAACUCGACUGAUGGAGCUGUGAAACGUGUGGAUCUAAUUGAGGGCAAAGGAAUCAUCUACCUGAAUGCACUGACAAAUGCAGAGGAGAAGGUUUACUCCCUGACAAUCAUACAAGACCUUCCAGUGGAGAACCUAAAACCAGCUGUUAUUAAGGUUUAUGACUAUUAUGAGACAGGUGAGAGAGCUGCGACUGAGUACAGCUCACCCUGUCUAGUUCAGGGAGAGUUUGUACAUCUUACAUCUCAGCAAGAACUCAGCGACUUCAACAUUUCACUUUCAUAAUGUACACAACUCAUUACUAGUGUGUUUUUGUUUUGUUUUUCCUCUUUCGAAUGAAAUAAUCAAGACAUAGUUGAUGUAAAGAAAGAUGCCUUAUUUUCCUGUGAUCUACUCAAUAAUUUCUAGAUGUAACGUCAUUGCCAAAACAUUUUAUAUGUGAGGAAAAAUUACUUAUGAAUAUGACAAAUUAACAAACGUAAUUUCACUUAUAAUCUAAAUACAAUUCAUUUACUUUUUCUGAUUAAACAAUAUGCUGUGAAUGUGGCCCUUCAUUCACCUUUAAGUAUAAACUAUACGCUGUAUUUUAUAACGUAUAUAAACAUUAAACCUGUCCACUCAUGCUUCUCUGAACUUGCUGAUUUUCUCCACAAGGUGGCAGGUUUAACUCCUUUGCAGUUAUAUGAUGCAACUGAUAAUGCUAAAUACCAUAAGCUAACAAAAAAAGAAUAUACAAGAAAAUAUGGCAAUAAAGUUGAUCUGCAUUAUCAUUAUUACCCGUGUCUUACCUGUGUCUUUUUUCCAUAAAAAAAUAAAUGUUGCAUAUAUAGGUGUUUAAAUUAGUGUUGUAUGUCACCGUUAUGUGGUUUGACUGAAGGCACUGUAUUGUCAGCUAUGGCAAAGUUAUUCGCUGGUGUUUAGUAGUUACCUCAGUGCAAAUCUAUGCAAGCUGGACAACAAGUAAUAUCCAAAUUGUUUUCAUUUAAUGGUGUCAUCUAAUAGAGUAAUAGUUGUGUUCUGAACUGAAAUAUAUGAUGUACAGUAUGCACGUGUAAUAUAUUCUGCAAGAUGAAAAUUAACUAUGCUUUCAUACUGAUCCAGCUCAUAACUGGA